AUGGCAGCCAACCAACUCGACCCGUCAGCGCUGAUGAGCACGCUCAUCACUCUCCUCCCCGCCGACGAGCCCAAGAUCUCCAACCCCCUCUCAGCAGUGACAGCACUGCUGCAUACCAUUCUCUCCGGGCUGUCCUUCCGCCUCCAAUCGCACAGCGAUGCCCCGCUUUCCCCUCCUCCCGAGUCCAACGUCCUUCUUUCAGACUGGGCGACCCACUCUCCAGAAUCCCAUACUUUGCUAUACAAACACCCACGCUCAUCUCUUACGUACCUCUUCAAAGUCGUCCGACUAGGGGACAAGGCCCUUAUCCACGGGCGCUCGCUCGAGUCCCCCGCGACAGCAAGUGUCGAGCUCACCAUCGCUGACUACACUUCUGCUUCCUUCUGGCCCUGGGAGAAGAAAGACGGUGCCGACCCCCUGGUGCACGGGUUCAUCUCCUCCAACCGCGUAGCAGACUUCGCGAGCCUUGUCAAAGUAGGACUAGUCGCCAAGCUCGCCCCAGGGCUGGAGAAAGAAGGGCUGGAGACGUCCUCGGAACAGCAACCUCCUCCGCAAGGUGGACCUUCCCGACCCCGUCAACCUCCCGCUCCAGGUCCCGGACCACCCUUCACGCAUCCCCCGCGUGAGCCCUAUGCCGGUCCACGUAACCCCCUCUCAAUAGGCGCGGACGACCUCAACCCCCCCGGACUGCCGCCUAGCAACCCCUUUGCCCCAGGACGCCUGUUCGACCCGAACAGUGGGGGGAUGUUCGUCGGCCCCAGUCAUCCCAUCUUCGGGGAUCGCGGUGUAGGCGGAAUUGGGGAGCUUCCCGGUCCAGGCCGGCGAUGGGGUGGCGAUGGUUGGUUGCCGGAGGGCGCCGUCCCCCCCGGAGCGAGGUUCGACCCCAUCGGCCCCGGGCCUAAUCCUCGUUUCCCCGGGCCUGGAGGUCGGCUAGGAGGAAACCCUUUCGGAGGAGGAGCGGGUAGGAUGCCGCCUGGAUUCGGAGGUGAGCCGGAUAACGACGAGUUCCCGCCUUCUGGGAUGGAGAAUGAGGGGAAUGACAUGCCACCUGGGAUGGUGGGACCGUCUUCUGCUACAAGAGAACAUGAGACUGAUGAGCAUCCAGCGUGACAUGUUUAGUUGAACGAUGGGCAUCGGGUGAGCGCGGUAUUUGGAAAGAGUCGUUAGCAGGGUUUGAGGUGAUUUAU